GCCGGAAGUUGCGUAAUCCGCCUGCGCCGAUAGGGUGGGUCGUGAGCGGCCUUGAGGAACCAGGAGGUGCUGUCAUGGCUUCUAGUGGGGUUGGUAUGAACGCUGCCGGCUCGGCAAAUGAAGCUUCUGAAAUUCCGGACAACGUAGGAGAUUGGCUUCGAGGCGUCUAUCGCUUCGCCACUGAUAGGAAUGAUUUCCGGAGGAACUUGAUCCUCAAUUUGGGACUAUUUGCUGCUGGAGUUUGGCUGGCCAGGAAUUUGAGUGACAUUGAUCUAAUGGCACCACAGCCAGGGGUGUAGCCAAAAAGACACAUGGAACCUGCCCUGUACUCGAACCUUCCAAAAACAACCUCCAAUCUGUGACCAUCACAAGAUUUACCCUGAUGGCAGCUGAAGUUUGAUUCACAGGACACCUUCCCUUCCCUGCCUGAUUUCCUUUUCUUCCCCAUGUCCACUCAGAGCUCCCUUCUCUGGUCAGCAGUCAGGCUGAAGCUAAAGGGUUGUCUUAUAUUCUAUGAAGUUCUGUACAUAGUUCCUAAGUUUCUGUAGGGGGUCAUCUUUGCUCUUGCCCUGAGGAAUAACCCAGUGAUAUUUUAACACAUACUUGAAAUAAAAACAGCACACAGACA